CUCGACAGCUCACCCUGGCAGCCCCAACAGUAACCAAUUCCGCCCUCCUCCCCGCCGGGGGAUAUUGGGGACGGGACUGGAUGUGCUGGGUCAGGUGGACGCUUGGCCCAGACAUUCAAUUGUUCUUGGGCAAGUGCCUAGCCGAGAGGCUGUUCCGGGCUGGGUGACCGCCGGCUCGGGCAAAGCCAGGCCACGCCCUUCUCCAUGGCAACCCACUCGCUACUUGCACCUGCUGCUUGCGUGACCCCCGGGAAGCUGUAACCCAGCGGGUUCCGACUGAUGUCCAGGUACGACACAAGCUCUCCAUGUCUGUGCCAUGCCAUAUCCCGGCAACACGGCUGGACCCACGCCGAGCUGGCCUGAUGAGCUCGAUCGAGCCUUGUGGGCUGGAACUGUCACCUUGUCAGGCACGUCACCAUGUGCCUGGAUACUAUGUUAUAAGUGAAGGAGGUUGCCUCUUCCUCACUCCUGCCUGUCCCCACUCACUCCCUUUGUACGCCCCUCAUUGAAUGCUAGUCAGUGGAUGGUUCUUUUUGAAUCUCCUUCCUUCCAUCACAAACCCUGGAAGGCCUGCCUCGACAACUUGGCUGUGUGGAGCAGACUGUGGCUGUCCUUCUCCAAUUUCUUCUCUAAUUCUGCACCAUGGCAGACAUCAACGUUGAGGAGGUCCUCAAGAAGCUCACCCCUAGCGAGAAGUGUGACCUCUUGUCUGGCAUUGACUUCUGGCACACAAAGGCCCUUCCUCACCAUGGAAUCCCCUCCUUGCGAACUUCCGAUGGACCCAAUGGUGUGAGAGGCACCAAAUUCUUCAAUGGCGUCAAGGCAGCCUGCUUCCCAUGUGGAACGGGCUUGGGCGCAACCUUCAACCUCCCCCUGCUCGAGGAGGCAGGCCGCAAGAUGGGCGACGAGGCCAAGUCCAAAGGGGCCCACGUAAUCCUCGGCCCAACCAUCAACAUGCAGCGCUCACCUCUGGGCGGCCGUGGCUUUGAGUCCAUUGGCGAGGACCCAGUACUAGCUGGGCUCGGCGCCUCGGCACUCAUCAACGGCAUCCAGAGCAAGGGGAUUCAGGCCACCAUCAAGCACUUUGUAUGCAACGACCUGGAGCACAAGCGCAACGCCACUCAGGCCAUCGUGACGGACCGGGCGCUGAGAGAAAUCUACGCCAAGCCCUUCCAGAUCGCGGUGCGAGACUCCAACCCGGGGAGCUUCAUGACUGCUUACAACGGCAUCAACGGCACGUACUGCAGCGAGAACAAGGAGCUUCUGGAUGGGCUCCUCCGGCGCGAGUGGGGCUGGAAGGGGCUCGUGAUGAGUGACUGGUUCGGUUCCUACAGCACGACCGAGUCUGUCCUCGCAGGACUGGAUCUGGAGAUGCCCGGCCCCCCGAGAUUCAGGGGCGAGGCCUUGAAAUUCAACGUCUCGACAGAUAAGGUGCGGGAGCACGUUCUCGACGAGAGGGCCAGAGAGGUACUCGAAUUCGUCAAGAAGUGUGCUGCGUCCGGGGUGAAGGAGGGCCAGGAGGAGAGGGCGGAAAACACCCCCGAGACGGCUGCGUUGUUAAGGAAGAUUGGUGGCGAGUCUCUCGUGCUUCUCAAGAACGAGAAGAACAUCUUGCCUCUGAAGAAGGAUAAGAAGACCGUCGUCAUUGGACCUAACGCUAAGAUCGCGACUUAUCACGGUGGCGGUUCCGCAUCACUUGCCGCCUUCUACGCUGUCACGCCAUUCGACGGCAUCAGCGCCAAGUUGGACUCGCCGCCUGAGUACUCUGUCGGCCAUUAUGCCCACAAGAUGCUGCCGCUCCUGGGGGCAGUGCUGAAGUCCAAGUCUGGCAAACCCGGAAUGACAAUGACAGCGUACAACGAGCACCCAGACGAGAAGGCGGACCGCACGCCUCUGGACGUCGUCGAGCUGGACAAGACUGACCUGCUGUUGGUGGAUUACUACAACCCCAAGAUCACCUCCACCAAGUGGUAUGCGGACCUCGAAGGUUCUUUCGUCGCUGACGAGGAUGCCAAGUGGGCGCUCUCGCUGGUCGUAAUCGGCACGGCCAAGCUCUUCUGCAACGGAAAGCUUGUCGUCGACAACGACACUGUCCAGAGACAAGGCGACACCUUCUUCGGGCAGGGAACCGUUGAGGAGAUCGGUCACUUCAGCGUCAAGAAGGGCGAGACGUAUCACUUCAAAGUGCAGUUCGGAAGCGCGGCCACUUCGAGGCUGGCCGGUGGGAAUGUAUUGUUCGGAGGCGGCGCGCUGAGGGUUGGUGGCUGCAAGAUCAUCGAUGCCGAGAAGGAGAUACAGAGAGCUGCGGCGCUGGCCAAGGAGGCAGACCAGGUCAUCAUCUGCGCGGGUCUCAACGCGGACUGGGAGACUGAAGGUUCAGACAGGGAGAACAUGGACCUGCCCCCGGGUCUGGAUGACCUCAUCACAGCAGUGGUGGAGGCCAACCCGGACCACACCGUCGUGGUCAACCAGUCUGGCACUCCCGUUACAAUGCCCUGGGCUGACAAAGCCGGCGCCAUCGUUCAAGCCUGGUACGGUGGCAACGAGACGGGCAACGCGAUCGCCGACGUCCUCUUCGGCGACGUCAACCCGUCCGGAAAGCUCAGUCUCAGCUGGCCCAUCAAGCUGCAGCACAACCCGGCCUUCCUCAACUUCCGCACCGAGGGCGGACGGACCAUCUACGGCGAGGACGUGUACAUCGGGUACAGAUACUACGAGUUCGCGGACAGGUCGGUGUUGUUCCCCUUCGGGCACGGACUCAGCUACACCACGUUCCAGUUCAGCGGGCUCGAGGUCUCCGAGGCAGACGGCAAGCUCAGUGUCAGCGUCAAGGUCAAGAACACGGGCAAGGUCAAGGGUGCCGAGGUGGUCCAGGUCUAUAUUGCGCCCAAGAAGAAGGCCAAGGUCAACAGGCCGGUCAAGGAGCUGCAGGGCUUCGCAAAGGUCGAGCUCGAGGCCGGAGAGGAGAAGGCGGUCAAGGUGGACAUGGAGACCAAGUAUGCUGCGAGCUACUUCGAUGAGGAGAGGAGUAAGUGGAUCGUCGAGGAGGGCGAGUACGAGGUGAUUGUCAGCAAUAGCAGUGAGGUCAAAGAGGACAAGGCCGUCAGGGGAAGCUUCAAGGUUCCCGAGACGUUCUGGUGGAGCGGUAUCUAGAGCUGAUGCUUGCUUAUAUCAGGAGGAUAUAGAAGCCAGCUCAUACUUGAUUACUGACAGAAUCAAGAAAGCGAGCUUGAUAGAUGGUGGGCUUGAGUCCAAAAUGCUUGUGUCUUGACUCGAGACAGUCACAGAUAGAGAAGAAAAUGAAUAAGAUUCCAACA